CCACGCAACCACACAACCAGUUAUCGCAGACUCCCAAUGUUCUUCCGCCUAAAUGGCGCGCAGACAAACUUCUCCACCUUCAACGUCGCAUCUGCACGAAGCAUCUCGAACCGAUCCAUCUCCGGCAGUUGAACCGCUCAAACUCUCCACCGCAUCGCCCAGCCUUCCCCGCUUCUCCGGCUCUGUGUGGGUCUGGGGAUUCACCCCUCACAUCGUCGCUCACCUCGCCGCUCACCUCGCUCUGGGAAAACGCGGUAAUUCACCUCAAUUUUCAUUUUGCUUUCUCCAUGAUGCCCGUUGAAUGCAUCGUCUGCGGUGCUGGCAUCAACAAGGCGCGGUCCUCGCCUGAGUGGAUGGGCCGCUUUCGAGCCAUCUACACUGCAGAUUCUGGAUGGGAUGCGGCUCGCUUGUCCGGGGAGGGAGAGAUUACAGGCAACGAUACGUACACCAUCCCGUAUGAUGUUUCUAUGGGAAGUGGACCAGGUAUCAAUCCUGAAGUCCCCACCAUCGCUCUAGACGUCAAUCGAACCUCAUUUUCCCCUUUGGAUCCGCAGGCGCCUCCGGAACCAAUCUGGGGAUACAUGUUUCAUUGCAGCUGCUGGGAUCUUCUAUCAACGAACUGCGCCUCCGAGGGCGUUGAAUUGAAUGUCCAGGCAUUGUUCGACAUUUGCAGAUCGCUCCCCAUCAUUUUCGGCAUCAUGGACUGGGAUCACGACUAUGGAGGCGUUUUCAUCCGUGGUUUUAAGCAGUCCAAGUGUUUCCCCAGCGGGUCCAAGGGUUUCGUUCGACCACCAGUAUCGCACAUAUGUGACCAAAAAAGAUACGAUCCAAUGCGUGUCACAGGCUUGCGGAAUCUAUUCUCUCCUUUACCGAGACACCAUAUUAGCUCCUCGGGAAUCAAGUAUCGGACUCUUGACGAUCUCAAACCCGAAGAUCCCUUCAAUAGCCUGCCGCUCGAGGUCCUGUCAAAAGUUGUUGUGAUGCUGAGCUCGAGGGAGGUCCUCAACCUCAAACUCGCCUCUCCCGUCUUUGCUACCAUGAUUUUGCCAGAAAGCUUCUGGCGAUCACGAUUCCUGCCAGGCAGAGAAUUCAGCCACAUCUACGAGUCAAGCAUGAACACUUCGGUCGCCGGAUCCUGGCGAUCGCUCUACGAUCGGACUAGAUCGUUCGACAAUUCAAUGAUUAACCGGAAAAGAGUGUGGGCUCUCGCAAGCUCCAUUGCCAAACUACUCAACCAGAGGCUAGGCUCUAUGAUUUGCCAUGGAGACCCUGUGAAAGAAUUUCUUCGCUUUCAGAUAAAGUAUCCCUAUGGAUUAUGGGCUACCGCAAUUAGUGAUGUACAUGAAUUCAACGAGCACUUUUUUCAUGGCUCAAGAGAGCUGUGGAAACGUCGGGUUUCUAUUCCCAGGUCAUUCCAGGCUAUCCACGCCUCAUAUGUCAAUAUCGAACACAAAAAAUACAUCUCUGGUCUACAAUUUACCCAACAGAGCGGAGAGGUCAUCAAACUCGGCUACCUUCAUCCCCAACGAAUGGUCGGCAUAGCUGGGCAUGAUAUCGAGGACGGUAUUGUUGGAUUCCAAUUUGCAAUAGAUGACAGGGGAAUCCGAGGUGUGGCCGCAUACGCACCUUCUUUUGAACUGACUAACUGGGUCGGUGACUACCUCGGCGUACCAAAACGCAACCUCUUGAUUUCCACUUAUUCGCAAUGCCCACCAUUGGACCCUCGCGUCACUGUAUUGGAAGCUGGGUUUGAUGCUCUUAAACUUGUUUCCCUGUCUUUAACAAGUAAUAUCGAGGCAUCAGACAGCGAUGCAUCUGACAGUGAUGCAUCUGACAGCGAGACAUAUGAAAUCGAGAUCCCUGACGACAUACCUGACAAUGAGACGCCUGACACCGAAGCCCUGAGUACCGACAUAUUCGACAACCAGUCAAACCACAGUGAAGCACAUGAAGAGCUAGACAAUGAAGGGUCUGAAGGAGGCACAACUACAAGCGCAGAGUCCGACGUGGAUUCCACCGAUAGCGAUGUGUCCUAUGUCAACCCAUUUCGAGAACCGCAGCCCCCUCCAGAGCCAGAUAGCCUUAGAGACUCACAACUCUGGUACCCAGAAAUUCCUGGCCCGAAUCUCGACUUUGUAGGUCUAAUAGACUUUCGCAUAACGUAUCGCCAGGAGAGCGAGCCAUACACGGUUGCUCUUUUUGGCGGACAGAAUGGCCAGCAUCUUCCGCUCGUGAGCGAAGUUGUUGUCUGCACCAUCCCUGCGCCACCGCUCCUCCAGAACUUUCACAGUUUUAUUUGGAGCAUCGAAUUCAUAUACAGCGAACCAAUUGAUGGGGAGCGUUCCCUUCUCAUAGGCCGGGAUUCGCACUAUCCAGUGCGAGGUAAGCAGCAAUUCAGUGCGAGGCUGUCGUCCCAUGAAGGGGAGCGAAUCAAUCACAUUGAAGCGUUCUACCAGCAUUCAGGGGUGUUGUGUGGGUUCGAGGCAAGUUUUAUAAAUACCAACCGGGGCCAAACCGCCAUGUUUCCAUUCAGUUUUGAUCACGAUCCCAUUUUCUCCGAAGUGUUGGAGCCUGGGCCAAACACCAUUGUAGGAAUAUAUGGAGUCUACAAUAGCGAGUUCUGCUUGAGCAAUCUUGGGCUUCUCACAACUGACGUCUCAUCUUGACGCUAGGGGGUAAUGGGGUGGGAUUACAGCUUGACUGGGCGAGUUCGCCGCAUUGUAAAGCUUUAGUGGAUAGGUAUUGCCCACACGAAGUAUUCACGCAAGGAAUUGUAUUCCACCAGUAAUACGCUGCUAUAUCUUUAAUGCAUGACGGCACGCCAAGGUCAGAUCUAUGCAUUCCCUCCAUCAUUAGUGACCCAUGCCUGGCAGUACACCACAGCCCUCUCCAUACCUUUCCCAUGGCAAUAUGGCAGCGGUUACUGCACUUCCCAUCCAUAGCAACAUGGCAACGGUUGCUGCACUUCCC